AUGGUACUACCAUGGUAUGACUCGGAAAUACAGGAGUUUACGGAGGAAAUAUUUUGGGUUCUUCCAAAAGAAAGCAGAUGGAAACCAACAAUGCCAUCAGCAACAUUGGAUGUGUUGAGGAUGGGAAUCCCAACCAAUGGCCUUCCAUUAGCUGAUCCCACAUUUAGCAAACCGAAUCUUACUUAUAUGCUAUUCGGUGUCGGAUUUUUUGCAAAAAUAGUCAUGUCAGUGAUUCAAAGGAAUAUUGAUGGUACUACCUUAAUAGAGACAACACUAGGAAUUGUUGUAUUUGGAGAGGAAGGAGAUGAGACAACUGGACAACCAAUCUCAUGUAUUCAAUAUAAGAAAGAGGAUCAGCUAGAUAAAUUAUUGGAACGGUUAUGGCAACAAGACCAAAUCAGAGCAGGAAGUAAAUAUUCGGAAGAAGCAUUGGCGGAAAAGCAUUUCAAAGAAACGCAUAGGAGGGACGAAUCAGGAAGAUUUAUCGUAAAGAUACCCAUAAAAGAGGAAAUAAAAGAACUAGGAAGUUCCAGAGAAAUAGCGUUGAGACGUUUUUUCUAUUUAGAGAAACGAUUGGAAAAGCAUCCGGAGAUCCGGAAAAUUUAUAUAGAAAAAAUGAGAGAGGAGAUACAGUUGGGUCAUUUAGCAGAAGCUAAGGAAAGGCCAAAACAAGGAGAAAUGGUGUAUUACAUACCACACCAUUGCAUUCCAAAAGACAAUAGAAUCGUUUACGACGCUAGUUGUAAAACGGAUAAUGGAAUAUCGCUCAAUGACAUUCAAAUGCUUGGGCCGAAGAUGCAGAAGGACCUGCAGGAAACAAUAAUGCGUUUCAGGAGACAUAGAAUCGCAAUAUAUGCGGAUAUACGGAAAAUGUUUAAUCAAGUUAAACUCGCUAAGGAGCAAUGGAAUUUGCAAAGAUUGUUUUGGAGAGAGGACUCAAACCAAAAACUAAAGGAGUAUUGGCUCACAGUAGUCACCUUUGGACUAACAGCAUCACCAUUUGUGGCUGUUAGGUCAGUGAUAGAAACGGCCAGGCUGGCAAAGGAAAAUUAUCCAAAGGCAGCAAAAGCAAUAGAAGAGGACUUCUACAUAGAUGACUGUACAACAGGAGCUCAUACAGUCAAAGAAGCAAUCAAAUUAGCAAAGGAAAUCGACACAAUAUUAAAAGGAGCUAAAUUUGAAUUGAGGAAAUGGAAAUCAAACAGCAAUGCUGUAAUACAAGCUAUGGAUUCGGAGUCAGAAAAAACAUUGUUGUUUUCUGAGGGGGAAGGGACAACCAUUUUAGGACUGAAAUGGUUGAUAGAAGAGGACAAAUUUACCUUCAUGGUUAAAAAUCCCAAAUUUGACGGGAUUAUAACAAAAAGGAAAAUAGUGAGCCAUGUAGCUCAAUUAUAUGAUCCGAACGGUUAUAUAUCACCGGUAACGAUCAUAGGGAAAAUAUUAAUUCAGGAUAUAUGGAGGUCAAGAAUUGAUUGGGAUGAUAGACCAGCGACUGAAAUAGAACGUCGAUGGUCGGAAUUUUGGGAUUCUAUCAGAUACUUAGAAAAUUUCAAAAUAGAAAGAUGGUUAGGUUCGGGGGGAAGUACAAGUAUACAGGUCCAUGGGUUUUCGGACAGUAGUGAGGCAGCGUUAGGGGCGGUAGUAUAUUUGAGAGCGAAUUAUGGAAAUAGAGUUAUAACAAGCAAACUCUUAACGUCAAAGACAAGGGUGGCACCUUUGAAAAUGGUGACCAUUCCGCGUUUGGAGUUAUCGGCAGCGGAGUUACUAUCAAAGAUGAUAAAGGAAAUUAUGGAGUCAAUGGAAUGGAAAGGAACGGAAUAUGUGCUAUGGAUUGAUUCAAGUCCAGCAUUUUACUGGAUAAGGAAAGAAACAAGGGACUUAAGGACAUAUGUUGCCAAUAGAGUAGCAUCUAUUCAGGCAAAUACGGAAAUAAGGAACUGGCGCCACAUAGAUGGUAAGGAGAACCCAGCCGAUUUGUUGACAAGGGGGAUGUUACCAAAGGAAUUGGUAGGCAAUAAUUUAUGGCUUCACGGUCCUAGUUGGAUAAUAAAGGAAGAACAGGAGUGGCCAAAGAGUGGGAUAAUGGAAGGAAUUAACAAGGAGAUGGAAAACGAAAUGAAAAUACAUUCAAUUUCGCAAUUUAAGGAACCAAUAAGCAUUGGCCUCGGGAGAGGAAGGGGUAAAGUACCUCUGUUGGAAUAUGUAAGCAAACUGGAGAAGGCGGUGAACAUCGUUAGUUAUGUAAACCGAUAUAUAGACAAUUGGAUUGAAAGCAGGAGAAACCUGAAACCAAGGAGAAAAAGGAGGAAGGGGCCACAGGAAGUAAUGCCACCAACAAGAGAGGAGAAGGCGGGAGCCAUGGAAUAUCUAAUACGAAUUAGUCAACAGGAAUAUUAUAAUCGGGAGAUUACGGCACUAAAAGCGGGAAAAGCACUUCCGGAGAAGAGCAAAAUAAUAAGCUUAAAGCCGAUACUGGAUAAAAAUAAUAUCUUGCGGGUAGGGGGGGGGGUAGGUAGGUCAGAAAUCGAUUACGAGAUGAAACAUCCGGCAAUCGUAGCAAAUGGAUCAAUUUUAGCAGGAUUGCUAAUGGAAUAUGCACACAGGAGUACAGAACAUGGAGGGAUCCAAGUCAUGAUGCAAUUCAUCAGACAACAGUAUUGGAUACCAAAACUCAGGAAUGGGUUAAGGAAUUACAUCCACAAGUGCGUGGUUUGCGUGCGAUUAAAUGCACGAAUGGAGGGACAAUUGAUGGCGGAACUACCGUCAGAAAGAGUCCAGGUGGGGAAACCAUUUUUAUCUACGGGAGUAGACUAUGCAGGGCCGUUCCAAUUGGGGAAGCCUGGAAAAUUAGGUAGGAAGAAUAAGGGACAAGGGGAAAAAUGGUGGGUUGCAAUAUUUGUAUGCCUAAGGACUAGAGCAAUACAUAUUGAGCCUGUCACGGAUUUAUCUUCUAUGGCCUUCAUAGCUACAUAUGAGAGGUUCAUUGCCAGGAGGGGAAGAUGUGAAAAAAUGUUCAGCGACAACGGAACGGCUUUCGUUGGCGCAUCAAAAGAAUUAAAUAAGGCAUUAAGAAUCUUUUCAGAUAAGGACAUGUUAGAUCAUUUGCACCGGAAGGGUACGGACUGGAGGUUUAUGACACCAGCCGCCCCGCAUCAAGGAGGGAUCUAUGAGGCAGCGGUGAAAUCUAUGAAGUUUCACUUAAGGAGAAUCAUGGGGCAAAGGAUGUUGCCACCGGAAGAAUUUAGAACACUCCUUACUCAAAUCGAAGCCAUUCUCAAUUCCAGGCCUCUUCACCCAUUGAGUGAGGAUCCUAUGGACAUUCAGGCGUUAACGCCGGGACAUUUUUUGGUAGGUGAACCGUUAAUUUUACCUCUUCCUUUCAGAUUGGACGAUCGUUCGGAUUCAGUAAGAACUGCUCUGUGGAAGGAACUGCAAAGGAUGAUACAGCAUUUUUGGGUACGAUGGCAAUCAGAAUACCUCACCACCUUGCAGGAGCGGAAAAAAUGGAGAAGAGAAAAGGAGAACAUCAAAGUGGGACAACUGGUAGUACUCAGGAGUGAGAACUUCCCCCUACGAGUUGGGCUAUGGCUCGAGUAUGUGAAUUGCUGCCUAGCCAGGACGGUUUAG